AAUGAACUUGAAAAGUCUGUAAGAAUUAAGAAAACAGCAAAUGGAGUAUAAGCAACCAGAAGAACAAGAACUCUUUGCAUAUCUAAGUAACAGAUUAACUUGCCGAUCAGGUGACGUCAUAUUUCAGCUGGUUAGAGGUGUUUUCCGGCAAAAUUGAUCUUGCUCAAGAUUUUCUGAACCAAGUUAUACUCGAAGAACAAGGGUAUAAAAGAACAAAGAAAUGGUGAAUUUUCCAUCAAUUUUUGAUGGAUUGGCUAGAAGUGUAUCCAUCAAGAAAGGAAAAAAUUUGCAUAAAGAUGUUGGAAAAGAAGCUGCACAAGCUUUGGCAAAGGAUGCAAAAAAGAAUGAGUUAAUGUUAAGUUCUUCAGGCAUUGUUAAAUCUAACAACUCAAAUAAUUUUGCUUCAGUCUGUUCUAGGAGAGGCGAAAAAGGAAUUAAUCAGGAUUGCUUCAUUGUGUGGGAGGAAUUCGGAUGCCAAGAGGACAUGAUAUUUUGUGGGAUUUUUGAUGGACAUGGGCCAUGGGGACAUGUGGUUGCCAAAAGGGUUAAGGAAUCUGUUCCAUCUCAUUUGCUAUGCAAUUGGCAAGAAACUCUUGCUCUCACAUCACUUGAUAUGGAUUUCGAAAUGGAUUUUGAUAGAAAUUUGCAUCAAUUUGAUAUUUGGAAGCAGUCUUUUCUGAAAACUUAUGCCACAGUUGAUCAAGAACUUAAGCACCAUCCUGAUAUUAAUGCCUUUUCUAGUGGUACCACAGCUUUAUCCAUUGUUAAACAGGGUGAGCAUCUUGUUAUUGCAAAUAUUGGAGAUUCUCGGGCUGUCUUAGGAACAAUUUGUGAUGAUGGAAAUUUAGUGCCUCUUCAGCUUACCACCGACUUCAAACCUAAUUUACCUCAGGAGGCUGAACGAAUAACACGUUCCAAUGGUCGAGUGUUCUGUUUGGACGACGAACCAGGGGUGCAUAGGGUCUGGAUGCCAAAUGGGAAGAGACCAGGGCUAGCUUUAUCAAGAGCUUUUGGUGAUUACUGUGUUAAAGAUUUUGGACUUAUUUCUAUACCUGAUGUUACCCAAAGAAGCAUAACAAUCAGAGAUCAGUUUGUCAUUUUAGCAACAGAUGGGCUGUGGGAUGUUAUUUCCAAUCAAGAAGCAGUGCAGAUCGUUUCUUCAACCCCGGAUAGGCAAAAUGCAGCUAAAAGCUUGGUGAAGUCUGCUGUUCGUGCAUGGAAACAUAAGAGAAGAGGCAUCGCAAUAGAUGAUAUCUCAGCCAUAUGCCUCUUCUUCCAUGAUCCACCGUCUCAAAAGAUAGAACCUUCUACAGUUUUGAGACAGCAUAAAUGACCGUAUUUGGCCAAUGGCUAACUAUGGAGGCUUUUACAAUUCCUACAGCAGAUGCUAUAUGUAAAUGAAACUUUAUAUAUGUAGAGAAUUGGAUAAAUAUAAAAGUACCUCGUCAGGUCGUAACUCAA